AUGUGUAUCACACACCAACAUCAGGCUGUCGACGGCGCGGCCCGCGCCGUCGACAGGCGGCACAGUACUCCCUCGCCGCAUCUGCCUCUGCCUCUGCCUCUGCCUCUGCCUGCCCAAACUACGCAGCACAUUUUCUCCCACGUCAUAGAAAGCGACGCAGCCGCAGAGGUGCAGAGCGAUAGAGGACGUCGGCGAAAGAUGGUCAGCAACUCUGUCCUCGUCGUGUCGAUCGCCUGCGCGAUAUGGUACGUGCUGCUUCGCCAGCGCCUUGUCCCUGUCAAGCUCAUGCGGGCGUGGUUUCUGAUGGUCAACAUCCUGACAAUUCUGCCGGUGUCGGCGCUGACGAAGCUCGUUGUGCAGCUUGGCCGCCUCGGUGUGCCGACGUACUGCGUGCAGCGGCUGUGCAUUAUACCGCUGGUUGUGGCCUUCCGCAUGGUGUGGUGGCUUAACCCGCAGAUCCGCGUGCACCUCUGCUUUGAACUCGAUGGGAGCGGCCAGCGGCUGUCGUGGGAGGGCAUCAGUCAGCAUCACAGCGCGUACGUCGGCAACCACGCCUCCUUCUGGGACGUCUACGCCUUCAUUGGACUGACACCGUUUAGGCAGCUCCUCAACACACGCACGAUGAUGAAAUCGUCGCUGCGCAAGAUCCCGAUCUUCGGCGGCGUCUUCGACCGCGUCGGGCACUUCCCCGUGUACUUCAAGUCGGACGCGGACGGUAACUUCGAGGUGGACAAGGAGAAACAGGCGCAGGUGCAGGAGGGCAUCGACGCCCACAUCGCCAGCGGCGGCAACCUCGCCUUCUUCCCUGAGGGCGCCAUCAAUAAGAAUCCGCGGGUUCUGCAGACGUUCCGCUACGGCACCUUCCACACCAUUUUCAAGCACCGCAUGGAAACCUACUACAUGGUGCAUGCGGGUGCCGAGAAGACAUGGCCGUGGUGGACGAUGAUUGGCGGCAUGCCGACAGACAUGCACGUACGCGUUGGCCGCUUCCCUAUCGACUACGAUCACGAGGACAGCAAGGACGUCCCAAGGCGAAUGCAGCAGCACAUGCAGAAAGUGUACAAUGAGAUUCUAGCGGAAACGGACGCCAAGGACGCCAUCAGCGCCGAGGCGACGGCGUCCUGCGCGGCAACCCCAACGCUGGGGAAGCAGAGCUGA